CUCGCGUCGGAGCGGAGAGGACGGCGGGGCGGCGGGGCGGCCGGGUGGCCGGGCGGCCGGGCGGCGGGGGUGGGGAGGACGGCAUGGCCCCGCAAGCAGGCGCCCCGCGCCUGGUGCUGCUGUUCAGCGGGAAGAGGAAGUCCGGGAAGGACUUCGUGGCCGAGGCGCUGCGGAGCAGGCUCGGAGCUGAUGUCUGCGCUGUCCUGCGGUUGUCCGGGCCACUCAAGGAGCAGUACGCGCGGGAGCACGGCCUGGACUUCGAGAGACUCCUGGACGCCAGCACCUACAAGGAGGCCUACCGGAGGGACAUGAUCCGCUGGGGUGAGGAGAAGCGCCAGGCCGACCCCGGCUUCUUCUGCAGGAAGGUGGUGGAGGGCGUCUCCCAGCCCGUCUGGCUGGUGAGUGACACGCGGAGGGUGUCGGACAUCCAGUGGUUUCGGGAGGCCUACGGGGCUUUGACCCAGACGGUCCGCGUGGUGGCCCUGGAGCAGAGCCGACGGCAGCGGGGCUGGGUGUUCACUCCAGGGGUGGACGACGCGGAGUCGGAGUGUGGCCUGGACGACUUGGAGGGCUUCGACUGGGUCGUGGAGAACCACGGGGACGCGGGGCGCCUGGAGGAGCAGCUGCAGAGCCUGGUGGCCUUUGUCCACUCCAGACUGUAGCUUUGGGUUCCCGGGCGCCCCUGCCGGACCGUGGUCUCCGAUGCCGGCUGUCGUGAGGAAAGGCCGGGGGCCCGGGGCCCCGUUCCUAGGGGGGCUGGCAGGUGCCAGGCAAGUCGAGGCAGCCCCGGGGACCUCGUUUCUUUGUGGAGGGGACGGCCCCGCCUCUUCGGGAGGAGACUGGCCGUGCCUGAACCGUGUCCACGGUGCCCGGCCCGUGAGCAUGGGUGGCCCUGCCUCCCUGUGGGGACGCUCUCAGCCCCUCGUUCCAGGCAGGGGCCCGGCUCCCCAGCGUGGGUCCUAAUAAACCGCCUCGGAGCCCA